CCUGUUCCGGGAUUCCGCUUGUUGUCAGAAAGUGGUGGGGUUCCGGCCAACCCUCGGGGCCUAUUUCUGGGGUCCAGGUUGGCGCGAGGUCGGCUGCUGCAGCCAUGGCGGCCUCCACCGCGGCCGGGAAGCAGAGGAUUCCCAAAGUGGCCAAGGUGAAAAACAAAGCCCCAGCUGAGGUACAAAUAACUGCUGAGCAACUCUUAAGAGAAGCUAAAGAAAGAGAGCUUGAGCUUCUUCCACCUCCACCUCAACAGAAGAUCACAGAUGAAGAAGAGCUAAACGAUUACAAACUAAGAAAAAGGAAGACUUUUGAAGAUAAUAUAAGAAAAAACAGGACUGUGAUUAGUAACUGGAUAAAAUACGCACAAUGGGAAGAGAGUCUAAAGGAGAUUCAAAGGGCUCGAUCCAUAUACGAGCGUGCUUUAGAUGUAGACUACCGAAAUAUUACACUCUGGCUGAAAUAUGCAGAAAUGGAAAUGAAGAAUCGCCAGGUCAACCAUGCCCGAAAUAUCUGGGACCGGGCCAUAACAACUCUGCCUCGAGUCAACCAGUUCUGGUACAAGUACACAUACAUGGAGGAGAUGUUGGGAAACAUUGCUGGCGCCCGGCAGGUGUUUGAGCGCUGGAUGGAAUGGCAGCCUGAGGAGCAAGCCUGGCACUCCUACAUCAACUUUGAGCUGCGAUACAAAGAGGUGGACCGGGCCCGCACCAUUUAUGAACGCUUUGUCCUCGUGCACCCUGAUGUUAAGAACUGGAUCAAGUAUGCUCGCUUUGAAGAAAAACAUGGUUAUUUUGCCCAUGCACGGAAAGUGUACGAGAGAGCUGUUGAAUUCUUUGGAGAUGAGCAUAUGGAUGAACACCUUUAUGUUGCCUUUGCCAAAUUUGAAGAAAAUCAAAAAGAAUUUGAAAGGGUACGAGUGAUUUACAAGUAUGCCCUGGAUAGAAUUUCAAAGCAGGAGGCCCAAGAACUCUUUAAAAACUAUACCAUCUUUGAGAAGAAGUUCGGUGAUCGACGGGGUAUUGAAGACAUCAUUGUGAGCAAACGAAGAUUCCAAUAUGAGGAAGAGGUGAAGGCUAAUCCACACAAUUACGAUGCAUGGUUUGAUUACUUGCGCUUGGUGGAAAGUGAUGCAGAAGCAGAAACCGUUCGAGAAGUCUAUGAAAGAGCCAUUGCCAAUGUGCCACCCAUUCAAGAGAAGCGGCACUGGAAGCGCUACAUCUAUCUGUGGGUCAACUAUGCACUCUAUGAAGAAUUGGAGGCCAAGGAUCCUGAGAGGACAAGACAGGUGUAUCAAGCUUCUUUGGAAUUAAUUCCUCAUAAAAAGUUCACAUUUGCCAAGAUGUGGUUACUAUACGCACAAUUUGAAAUAAGACAGAAAAAUUUACCAUUUGCCAGAAGAGCUUUGGGAACUUCCAUAGGCAAAUGUCCAAAGAACAAGUUAUUUAAAGGUUACAUAGAAUUGGAGCUGCAGCUUCGAGAAUUUGACAGAUGCCGGAAGCUUUAUGAAAAGUUCUUGGAAUUUGGACCUGAAAAUUGUACGUCCUGGAUUAAAUUUGCAGAAUUAGAAACAAUCCUUGGUGAUAUUGAGAGAGCCCGGGCAAUCUACGAGUUAGCCAUCAGUCAGCCACGCUUAGACAUGCCAGAGGUGCUUUGGAAGUCAUAUAUUGAUUUUGAAAUUGAGCAGGAAGAAACUGAGAGAACACGAAAUCUUUACCGAAGAUUGCUUCAGCGGACACAACAUGUCAAGGUAUGGAUCAGCUUUGCACAGUUUGAGCUGUCUUCGGGGAAAGAAGGAAGUUUGGCUAAAUGCAGACAAAUUUAUGAAGAGGCUAACAAAACCAUGAGGAACUGUGAAGAAAAGGAAGAGAGACUUAUGUUGCUGGAAUCCUGGCGAAGCUUUGAAGAUGAAUUUGGAACAGUAUCGGAUAAGGAGAGAGUAGACAAACUCAUGCCAGAGAAAGUCAAGAAGAGAAGAAAGGUCCAGGCUGAUGACGGGUCUGAUGCAGGCUGGGAAGAGUACUAUGAUUACAUCUUUCCGGAAGAUGCUGCCAACCAACCCAACCUCAAGCUUCUGGCCAUGGCCAAACUCUGGAAGAAACAGCAACAGGAAAAGGAGGCUGCAGAGCAAGACCCAGAUAAGGACAUUGAUGAGAGUGAAUCCUGAUGUUCUUGUUCAUAUUGAUAAGUGUUUUAUUAUUUUUAUAAAUUAAUCGUUCGGAA